AUGCUGGUGGGAGCAUACCCUUUUGAAGACCAAAAGGACCCUAGGAAUUUUCGGAAAACAAUUCAGAGAAUAAUGGGUGUUCAGUACAAAAUUCCAGACUAUGUUCAUAUAUCUCAAGAUUGCAAGAACCUGCUCUCACGCAUAUUUGUUGCACAUCCAUCCAGGAGGAUCACACUUAAGGAAAUAGAAAAACAUCCUUGGUUUUUGAAUAACUUGCCGAGAGAGCUAACAAACACAGCACAAGCUACUUAUUACCGAAGCGAUAACCCUACAUUUUCUCUUCAAAGUGUGGAUGAGAUAAUAAAAAUCGUGGAAGAGGCAAGAAGUCCACCUCCGGCAUCAGUGCCUGUCAAGGGCUUUGGUUGGGAACAAGACGAGGAUGAAGAAGAAGACAUCGACGAUGAAGUGAAAGAAGACGAUGAAGAAGAUGAAUACGAUAAGCGGGUCAAGGAAGUCCAUGCAAGUGGAGAAUUCCAAAUCUAGCAAGCAAUGCAACCUUCAUCCAACUGUUGUGAGAUUAUAGUCUUUCCAUUUAUGAUUGUAAGAUUGUUCAAUAGCCAAU